GAGCUUUAAAUAGCUGCUCUUAUCUCCUCCUAUCUUUUUCCUUAAAUGGUGAUUAGCAAGCAUUUAAUAAAAACCCGAAAUAAAACAGCGGAAAUAAUAAUAGGAAAUCGCGUUCGGGGGAUGAUUCUUUGAACAAUACCCUCUCUUGCUCCUCCGCAUUUUCAAAAUUUAGAUCCGCAGGCCUCUCCCUUCCCGAUUUGAUAAAUCUCUCCCUCUCGUCUCUCUCUCGAUCCCAAAUCCCUAAGAUCAAUCUUCGAGGGAGGAGGAGGAGGAGGAGUAGGAGGGGGGGGCGGACAGAGAGAGAGGAUCGCAAUCUCAGGUGCAUUGGGCGCUCGUGAUACGGACGACGCGGUUGGCGUGAUCCGGGCGAUCCGAUCUGGAAUUCGGGAUCUCUGAGGCGGCGCCGCUGAUCUUGUACCGCGGAAGGUGGUAGGGUAGGGUUGUCGUUUGAUCCUUGUGGGAGCAAUGACGGCGGAGGCUAGCGAGUAUGGUGGCCCUUCGAAGGUGGAAUUGGAGGCGGAGGAGGGGUUCAGUGCGGAGUCGGAGGAGAAGGAUUUUAAGAAGGGCGACGGCAUUGCGGCUAAGGAGAGGGCGGAGGACCCGAUCGGGGGUUCUUUCAUGAUCGUCAAUGGCGAUUCGGCCAUUGUGUCGGAGGAGGACCUUGAUCGGGAGGGGACAGUGGAUCCGGGAAAUGGUGAUGCCAUUGCCCUCCCCUGUGAAGGGAACGCAACUCCCGACAUAAAUGAGAAGGCCAUUGUAGGGGAGGAGGAGGCUGCAGAUCAUGCCGUGGGCGAAGGGAAGGAGGAAGAGAUGGAACCCCCUCCUAGACUGGACGAGGAAUCUUGUAGUGAGAAUCUUGGUCCUGACGUGAAUGCUGAGACUCUUUUGACAAAUUCUGAAAAUAAGAUUGAUGCCUGUAAUAAGGAACAAGAGGAAAAGCGACCAGCAACAGGCGCUCUUUUGGGGAAUUCUGAAAACGAGGCCCAUGCCUUUAAUAAAGAAGAUGAAGAAAAGAGACCAGAAACAGAUGCUAUAGAAGAAGAAAACAAGGAAGAUCAAUUCGAGAGUGCUGAAAACAGGGAAUUAAGCGAGGAGCAAUGCGAGGAUAAGGAAGCAUUUGACAACAAGAAUAAAGCGGAGGCCGAUGAGGAGGAGGAGAUGCUGGAUAAAAAAGUCUGCUCGGAUGUUGCGGAUGAUCAUAAUAGCAAGGUGAGCACUGAUGAUGGUGUGGCCGAUGUGAGGGUGGAGUCUGAUUCAAUCACAGGAGACGCCAAGGAAGCAGAUACUAUAGAAGAAGAAAGCAAGGAGGAUCAAUUCGAGAGCGCUGAAAACAGGGAAUUAAACGAGGAGCAAUGCGAGGAUAAGGAAGUAUUUGACAACGAGAAUAAAGAGGAGGCCAAUGAGGAGGAGGAGAUGCUGGAUAAAAAAGUCUGCUCGGAUGUUGCGGAUGAUCAUAAUAGCAAGGUAAGCACUGACGAUGGUGUGGCUGAUGUGAUGGUGGAGUCUGAUUCUUUGAUUGAAUCAGGAGACGCCAAGGAAGCAGAUACUAUAGAAGAAGAAAGCAAGGAAGAUCAAUUCAAGAGUGCUGAAAACAGGGAAUUACGUGAGGAGCAAUGCGAGGAUAAGGAAGCAUUUGACAAUGAGAAUAGAGAGGAGGCUAAUGAGGAGGAGGAGAUGCUGGAUAAAAAAGUCUGCUCUGAUGUUGCAAAUGAUCAUAAUAGCAAGGUAAACAUUGACGAUGGUGUGGCCGAUGUGAGGGUGGAGUCUGAUUCUUUGAUUGAACCAGGAGACACCAAGGAGGCCGAUUCUCAAGUUGCUGUUGAACUUGAAGCUAACCUAGGUAAUGAUGCAUUAAAGGAGACCAGUGAGGAAGUGGAGUUUCUAUCAACUGUUAAAGAGAUGGAAGAGUCUGGAGCUCUGGCUGCAGAGAUCGGCCAUCCUGUGGAACCGGACGCACUCACUGAAGCAGCAGAUCACCCAGAAUCAGCUACACCUGAUGUUGUUACUGGUGCCACAGUGGCCGAUAAACAAUCAGAAGAAGGAACUGCUUUGGUAGCAGAGGAACCUGGGCAAGUUUGUGAGGAGUCGGAGGAACAUAAAGAGUCAGAAUUCGUUGCUCAUGUAGAAGAAAAACAGGGUUCGGAAACAUUCAAAAACAAAGUAGAGGAUCAGCCGGUUUCAAAUUCUGCUGUUGAUGUUGAAAAGAGACCGGAUCUUCUUGAGUUGAGCAGCCAAGCUCAGUUAGAAUCAACUACUGAAGGAGAAGAAAAGAACUCUGAAAACAUGGUAACAAAGACCAUGACACCGGAGUCUCAUUACACUAGACAGGAGGAAUCAAGGUCCUUAACUGUAGUUCAUAAUGUGAAACCAGAUGAAUGCUCUGCUGAGUCUGUGACUCUUCCUGAAGUUGAAGUUGAAAAACUUUUACCAACAAAAGAUGGAAGCGAAUCUCUUCACACAGCCAUCUCUACUACCGUCACAAAUGAAGCUGAAAGUAGUAAUGUUUUAAAUACCGGUGAAGAAGUUACCAGUUGUGAUGAUAGCAAUGCAAAUGGCACUGUUGUUACUGGUCAUUCAGAAAGUCUUGGCAGCUCCAAAGUGUCGCAUAGCGAUCAAGAGGAAUUACUGAUAGAAGUGUCCGACAAUACUGACGACAAGCUAGUCCAAGAAGCUGCCUAUGAUGACAAAGCUUCUUCAGAGAGUGCAACUCAUCUUGUGUCUGCAGCUGAUGGGCCUUUGCCAUCGGGUCAUGAUUUGGAUUCAGAAAUUGUAGAAGAACCUGUCAAAAAUGAUACUGGAGGGGAGACAUUGUACAUUGGAAGCAUGAAAACAGUCGUUUCUUUUGCUCAUAAUGAUACUGCUCAGGAAAAUAAAGUUUGUGGUAGCACCGUAGAUACCAAUAAGGAUGCAGCUUUCCAUCAGAUUCCCAAUUCAGAGAUGCAGUCAAGUUCCGGAAAUGUUAUGCCGGAAACUGUAAAAGCUACAGUAGGUUCUGUCGAAGGUGAUGCGUCUAUAAAUAAGGAGAAUGACGAAGAAUCAGUGCAAGAAGAGGCUGAACCGGUUGAGGAAUCACAGACCUCACGGGAGGAUCCUAAUGGCUGGGCUACAGAGGGAGGUAAGAUCGACCUAGUGCCAAAAAGGCAAGCAUGUUAUAUAAUCAAAGUUCCCCGAUUUAUCAACGAUGAGCUAUGGACGCGUAUACAAGAGGCUCAAAUACAACUGGAUGAGAAGACACAGAGCCGGGACUCCAUUCGAGUUGCAAUCCAAAAGAAGAAGAUGGUUACUAAUGAACUAUGGGAGAAGUUAGAAGCUGCGAGAACGGAUGAGAGAGCUGCAAGAUCUGUUCAGAAUGCUAAGCGACGAGAAAUAAACAAUCUUCAGUCAACGAUGAGUAAACUAAAAAAGGCAACCUCUGUUGAGGAUAUUGAUGAAUUGAUUCAAUCAAAGGAGCAAAGUUUACAACAUGAGACUAUGACUCUGAAGCAAGAAAAGCUUCUCAUCCAGGAGAUCAAAGAAUUGAAAGCCCAACGGAAGCAGCUGUCAUCAAGCAUGGCCCCAAAAGCAGAAUUAGAUGAAGCAUUUGACCACAAAGAUCAGAUUGUCGAACGCCUUGGGGUUUUGAGGAAAGAGUUAGAGUCCCUUGGAAGCGAUGUUUCACGAGCUGAAACAAAUACAAAGGCAGCUCAAAAGGAUUAUGACGAUAAACAGCAAGAGCUAAAAGUGCUGCAAGAGCAAUUCAAAGCUGCUGAUGAGGUCCGUCAAAAGGCAUAUGGACAUUGGCGUGAUCUUAAAAAUGAGUCAAUUAGGAAGAGCAAGUACUUUUUCACGUACAAAGAUGAUAUAAAGAUUACGGCGAACUAUAAAACUUCAGGGGACAAAGAGGCACUUCGAAAUUACUGCAAUAAACAGGUGGAAAGAAUUAUGGAGCUAUGGAACAACAAUGAGGAUUUCCGCAAGCACUACAUUGAAUCCAACAAGAACAGUACAUUGAGGAGACUGAGGACUCUCGAUGGAAGAUCACUUGGCCCGGAUGAAGAGCCACCCAUAUUGCAAACAAACCUCAAUAAUAAGCUGAGCUUGGCUUCACCAUUGGUAGUUUCAAAAUCAUCUGCACCUAGGGUGGUUUCAGAAGAAAAGGCAGUGAGUUCUGCUGCCAGAGAGGAUCCAUUCCCGGCCUUGCAAGCUGGAAAAGCUAGUCAACCUGUGAAAUCCAAUAAAACCACUAAAUCUGCUGUGAACGAAGCAGUUGCAGUCACAGUUUCUGAAAGAGGUGAAGCGGAAGAUGCUGAGGUAGAAAAAGCUCGUAAAAAGGAGGAACAGGAGCGAGCUAGGAAAGAACAGGAGAGAGAAGAGGAGAUAAGAAGGGAAAUGGCUGCAGCUGAGAAAGAAAGGUGCCGUCUGGAGCAAAAGGUGAAAGCCAAAGAAGCUGAAGAGAGGAAGAAACGGCUGACACAAAGAGCCCAAGCACGAGCCGAAAGCCGGGCAGUCAAGGAAGCUGAGCUCAAAGAUAAGAAGAGAGCAAAGAAAGAGAAAAAGAAAGCUUCAGUGAAUGGAGAGGCUGCAAGCGGAGUUAGUGAGAAUGAUACUGUGUCCACUGCUGACAUGACGACUACCCCUGAGAUCAUCUGUGAAGCUGAGGUCCAAGCAGCAACACCUCCAAGAAGGCCUUUGAGAGCUGCUGUAGUACUAAAGCAGCACAAUAAGGCUCAGCCCAUUCCAGCUGCCCUGCGUAACAAGGGUAGGAGGAAGAUGCUGCGCUCCUGGAUGUGGGCCAUUUUACCGUGCCUGUUGGUUCUCGCGCUGUUCCUGGCUGGAAACUACAUCUCUUUCUCUUUUGGCCAUAUCAAAUUCGGAAAUUAGUUAUAUACUUACAGGUAUUUAGUAUUUAUUUAUAAGUUCAGGCCUAUACAGGCUACUUUU